CAAAAGGAAGAAAAACAAGUUUGUUUUGUUUUUUUUUUCAUGUUAGCGUCGUUUUUUUACAAUCUUCCCUACGGAUAACAUGUCGUUGCUACGCAAUUUUCGUUUCAUUCUGAAUUUGAUUAUUGCUGCUUCGAGCGUCGUUCUUUUAAAGCGAAAAAGUCAGCGAAAACGAAAGAAGGCAGCGCAUUGGGUUCACCCGUAUCUCGCUGAAAGGAGCAGUAAAGGCAGAUAUGCUACCGACGGUUUUCAUUCGUUGGCGCUAAUGGCUAUUUGCGAUGCUUCUUAUCGAUUCACCUACCUGGAUGUAGGUGCUUAUGGAAGCGAAGGAGACUGCAAUAUUUUCAAAGAAUCCAAAUUUGGAACUGAUGUGCUGCACGAUCGACUUGAUUUUCCAGAAAACGCCACGGUCAAUGGUGUUAAAUUACCUUUCUUCUAUGUAGCCGACGAUGCCUUUCCCUUAUGUAAGAGGAUCAUCAAACCGUAUAGUAAGAAAAACCUAUCAGCAGAGGAGCGCAUUUUUAAUUAUCGCUUAAGUAGAGCAAGGCGUUGUAUUGAAAACGCAUUUGGACUGUUGUGCUCAAAAUGGGCAUGUCUGAAAAAGACUUUAUACUGCAGUCCCGAUCGUGCGCAGAAAAUCAUAUCUGCAUGCUGCAUGCUGCAUAACUUUUUGAUUACGCAUAAGUCUACUGCGUAUUGCCCUCCAGGAUACAUGGACAAGUUUGAUGACGAAAACGUUAUUACAGAAGGAGAAUGGCGCAAGAGAAUUUCAUCGGACUCAUUAUACCAUACGACAUUUUCGGCGAGUGCAGGCAGGCCUUCGGACUACGGCAAAUAUAUUAGAAACGUGCUGAAACAGUACGUAAAUUCAAAUAUCGGUGAACUGCCAUGGCAGCGGCGAGCGGCGUUUGUCGAAUGAUGAAAUCCUAUGUAUUAUCAGAUAAGUUAUGUGAUUAGACAAACAGAUGUAAAAAAUCCAACAAGAAACGUGAACAAUGCGUACACUUUGGCUGAUCAACCAUCUACAAUCAGAUUUAAAAAUUGUCACUAAAUUAUAAUAAACCUUAUGCAUUAAUAACGUUUUUC